AUGAUUCGCACAAGUGUACGUAGAGUUGUUGUUAACUCGAACAAAUUUGAUGUUCGUAGCAUCUCUAAUUCAUCGAUACGUUUCAAUGUACCAAAUAAUCAAAGAACACCACCACCAGCGGUAAGACCACCAACGAGUCCAAUCAUUGUCACAGAAGGAGGACCUAAAGGUGGAAGUCAAAAACAAAAGAAGAAAUUUUCAUUCGCUGGGUUUUUGUUCAAAACAGCGUUUUGGGCAUCUGUUGUUUAUGGGGGAACUUUAUUUGUUGCUACCAAAAAUGACAAGGUUAUGGACUUUAUUAUGGACAAACAACCACCAUAUUAUGAAGAGUUGUUGAACGUGAUUGAACACGGGUCAAUUGAAGACUUGAAGAGGCAGUUGAGAGACACACAACAUAAGAUUUCCAAUUUUGAUUUCAAGCUUCCAUCCAAGGCCAAGAUUGAUGAAUUUACCCACGAAUUGGAAUCGAGGGGUGAAAACUUGAUCGAGGAAACCAAGAGGAAAUUGGGAACCAGCACUGGUGCUAAGCCAAGGCAAGCAAUCCCAGAAGGAAACUCUGCACCUACACCAGCCGAGCAGUUACAGAAACCAGUGGAAACUAUUCAUAAGACCGUUGACCAUUUACCAUUAAUCCAAUUAGAUAAGGGUAUCGCGUCAUCUGUUGACUCUUCAAUUAAGUCCACCAUAAAGUCGUUUAAUGAUUUAAUCUUGUCUAUUGACGCUGGAUCCCAGUCUGGUAACGAAUCGUUGAUGAGAGAAAUUACCGAAAACGUUAGCAAGUUGUCCAGUAAAUUAAAUAAAUUGACCCUGAGCUUUGACGAAGAAUUACUGAGUAAAUUAAAAAUAUCGCAAAGUGAAUUGUUAUCAUCUUACACCAAGAAGGAAUUGGAAUUGACUGAAAACUUGUUACAUCAAUUUCACCACGAAAAGGCGCAAAUGGAAAAGAAACUCGGCUCCAGAUUGGACCAGGAGAUUGAAGCUACCAAGCAAACCAUUUCUCAAGCUGCCGUUAAUGCCGUUUCGAUGAUGAGAGUUGAACAAACUAAGAAUUUCGAGAAAUUAAUCAAAGGUAAGAUUGACCAAGAAAGAGAUGGUAGAUUAGCCAACUUGGACAAAUUGAAUUCGAGAAUAACCGAAUUAGAAAACUUUUCUACUUCCUUAGAAUCCCAAUUGGUUGCCAACCACCAAAAGUCAUUAAUUCAACAAUCCUUAACUAAAUUGAAAUCAUUAUUGUUAGGUGCGUCGUCAGAACAGGAAAAACCAAGAUUGAUCAGUCCUUAUGUUGAUAACUUAGCAAAGGUUUCUCAUGAAUCUAAGGAUGAAUUGAUAGCAUUAGCCUUGCAAGACUUACAACCAUUGCUUUCCAGAGAGUCAACCCAAUCUAUUUUGUCCACCCCUCAAUUGUUAACCCGUUGGGAACAAUUAGUUCCUGAAUUAAGAUCUGCAUCCUUAUUACCUCCAAAUGCAGGUUUAUUGGGCCACUUGUCGUCCAUGCUUUUCUCCAAGUUGUUGUUCCCUGUCAAGGGUGCUAAGCCUGAUGGCAAGGAUAUUGAAUCAGUUAUCGGUAGAGUCGAAUCUAGUUUAGCCAGAGGCGAAUUAGAUGUUGCUGUCGAAGAAGCUGCCAACUUAAAGGGUUGGUCAAGAAAAUUAGCUGAUGACUGGGUCAAAGAAGGUAGAAAGAAAUUAGAAAUUGAAUUUUUGAUGAAGAUAAUCGAUGCUGAGUCAAAAAUUUUAUAA